GACAGCGCGCUGCCGAUGCGUUCGCGCCAGUCCCCCUGGCCCCCGACGACCAUCCCGUGGCGUUUUCCUCGAAUCGCGCCCCAGAGCGGAGAGAAGGAGGGGGGUGAAAAAAAAGAAAGCCCGCACUGUGGCUCGGGGGUCACGGGCCGAAUCAAACUCAACAGCCCUCGGAGCCUGCCCUUGUCCCUUAGCGCACCUCCCACGGCCGAUUGCCGCGGCUCAAAUAGCGGCCAGGCCAAUGGGACCCGCGCCACUGUCAGCUCCCUCGGGCUCCCGUGCACGGAAGCCACCCGGCAAUGGCGAUCGGCCCCGUCAGGCCUCGUCGUCAAGGGCACGCGACGGCGCAGAAACGCCCGAGCGCCGCUCUCGGGCGGAGACGCGGGGUUUCAUUCGUCCAUCCUCCGUACUCCGCUCGAGUUUUAUUACCGCCGUGAUGAUUCAUUCAUGUCCCACACUGUUUGCUCUAGCGCGUUCGUAAGGCGCUCAACGCAACGGCCGUGCUUUUCUUUUUUUUUUUUCCCCGAGAGAAAAAGAAAUGUGCUCGCAAGGGGCCGUUGAACCGCGAAACCCUCGCAGGAAAGAACGGUAGCCUGGCCUAAUCCAUCAAUGAACCAGCUUGCGCACGGUUUUCUCGCCAACAUAUGAUACCACCGUGUUCCUUUUCCCUCUCACCCACCUCGAAUAUGCGUAUCGGCAAUCUCGCACACACACAUCGCUCGGCGUCGUUUCGCACGGGCUCGUCCGUCGGCCACACGGCCGGCGUCGACUCAUUAAAAGCUUCCAAAUGCGAGCCUCGGGUUUGGUUUUCACUUGCACUAAUUUGCAAUCAAUUCCAUGUUUUUCCUCAUCUCCUCCCCCGCCUCCCCGCAAAUAUUUUUUUUAUUCUUUUUUUUUUUAUUUCCCGUCUUCCUCCCCUCUUUCUACCACCGCCAACCCGGACCGCCGCCGCGACGACCUCGUUUGGUUCGCAGACGGACGCAAUGGCCAACGGUGGCAGCAGCAGAUGCGUAGCAUAACAAACAUGGCGGCCACCUUGUCGGAGGACUGCUCAGGCAGGGCAAGGGGCGCUCGCCGUCGGCGCUGCUGCUACGGCUCCAGCUCGUCGUGGUCCGCGAAAGUGGUGUCUCCGGAGUGACGUGCCCGCCAGCGACGCACGAGAGAGCAACAGAAAGCAAGAGAGGUGCUCAGUGUGGGACGCCCGGGGACGCCGUGGCAAGCAGGCGCGUCUCGGAUGGCCCGAGACGCUGUUGGCUCUGUGUAGCGCGCCCCAGUCUCAACCAACGGAGGCACCUUUGCAAUGGAUGAUGGGGGCCGAUGUCUGCUUGACGUUAUAAACGACCCCCUGCUCCUGCAGUCGUUCCUUGAAGACAAGAACGAGGAGGUUUCGAAGGAGCUGAGCUCGCUCGAAAGUGUCCUGCUCGGCCGAGACGAAGUGAGCAGCACCACCAGCUGCCUGCCGGCCCGCUGUGAGCUGCCGGACUCCAUGGGCUACGGCUGCUCUGGCACUGACAAACCCGUGGCCGCUGCCCUCGCCGUCUCCGCGACUACCACUGCCGCCACCUCGGACGUCUCGGCCGCCUCACCCCAGCUGCUGGUCAGCUCGACGGUGCCCCCCGCUCCACCGCUGCCUGCCGCCACUGCUGCUGCCAGCAAUGGCCUGCCUGGUGCCUCGCCACAUUCCACUCGCUCCUCCCCAGCCAGCAGCCGACCACACUCGGCAUCCCCGCUCCCCGCCGCCCCCAUUCCCGUCUCGUGGUCUUCGCCGAGCCCCAUUGCCGUGUCGCGGAGUCAGUCCCUGUCCUCGUCGUCAGCCUCAACGCCGGCAACCACCAAGGCGACCGCAACCGUUGCCCCUUUGCCCGUGGCACCGCAGCAGGCACCUCCGUCUAGACCCAACGUCGGGCAGGUGGUAUCGGGUAGUCCCAGCCCCCGCACAGCUGGUGCCCCUCGUCUCAUCCAGCCGAAGCAGCCACAGAUCCUUCCCAAGCUGUCCAGCGGCAGUGCCAACAUGACAACACCCGCAGCGACCGCAACCACCCGGUCCCAGUCUCCCCGGGCGGCACAGCACAAGGCCACACCGCAGCCCGCGCCUGUACCGGCACCGCAGCCUGCGACAACGGUGCAGCGCGGAGCCGCGAUGGGGCUCAACACGGGGAGUCCGCUGCUCAUUGGGAACCCUGGCGCCGCACAGGCGGGCAUGUUUCAAGCUGGAGCUGCGCAGGGCACUUUCCUGCUGAACCAGUACAUUCCGGGCCUGGGCCAAAGCCCCAUCCUGAUCCAGGGCUCGCUGGGUCAGAUCCAGGGCUCACUGGGGCAGAUACAGGGGGUCCAGCUGGCCCUGCGGCCACCCCAUGCCACGGGCCUGUCCCUGGGUCCCCAGGCAGGGCACAAGCCCCACGGGGGCCAUCCGGGACAGCCUGGCACCCCAACACUGGUCAUCCCGCAGAACCUGGGGCCGCGGCCCAACUUUAUCCUGGCGCCGCGCAUGGUCUCGUCGCCCCUGUCGUUUGCCAUUGCGCCAGGGCAGCCCCUGACAUUACAGCAGCUGCAGGCCAUGCUGCCCGCACAGACCAUGCUGGCCCAGCCCACGCUGGGCGCGUUCCAGACAGACCAGCACCAGUCCUUGGUGCAGAUACCAACGUUCACCCAGCCACAGAUACUGGCGCACGACCACCACCAUCACCACCACCACCACCAUCAUGGCGCCCUGUCGGCACCCCUUAUCUCGACAGGUGGCACGAUGGUUUCCUCCGCGCCCGCUGCCAACCUUGUCACCCAUCAUCCAGUCAUGACCACCACGACGGUGCUGCAUCCGGCACCACCGCAACCUGCCCCUGUGCCUGUCUCGGCACCCAUGACAUCAGCAACAAUCCAGCAGCAGCCGCAGGCACGUACGACAGCGUCACCAGCCACGGAGAAGCCAGUCAAAGCGCCCACGGUCAAUCUGGCCGAGUUGCUCAAGGAGCACGGAAUCAUGCCGGAGUCGACACCUCCGCCCUCCCCUACGUCCAAUCAGGAUAGCACCAUAUCAGUCGAUGUUCCCGUGACACCAGCACCAGUCACAGAGAAUGUGCAGGUUGUGGUGAGCAAGUCUCCGCAGACCGUGGCAGUGUCUCCCCAGCAGCGGGUGCAGCUUUCGUUGGCACACGAUGGUAGCGUAGUACUACACCCUCAUGGCAGCAACCUGUCCACCAUGCCUGCACCAGUGCAAUCCCCGGGGCUGGUGGCAACUACAGUCACUCCCACGUCGACGAGCGCACCCGGCGUGACUGCUCUCUCGCGGACCCAUUCGGCCCUCCUGGAGCGUCUCUCCGCAGCGCCGCCCGUCAGCGUGCCAGACCUGGCCUCCCUAACUGCACCACGCGUCUCUGUCAGUGCGCCAACCAUGGUAGCAGCACCAUCACUUGUUGCACCCUCGGUGAUGACGCCUUCUAUGAUGGCUGCAACUACACACCCUCACCAGCUCACCUUGCACACCGUCAACAACGGACUGGUGCCGACGCAGCAGCUGGGGCAGCCACAGUCAUUUGUGACGCUGCAUGGCACUGCGGUGGCCAAUAUGCUGUGCCAUGGUAAUAAUGCGCGCAUUAACCACAUCGUGGUCAGCCCAUCACCGUCCCUGGGACACCAGCAGCAACAUCACCACCAUCAGCAUGCUCUGCACCAUACCUGUCACGCCGUGGCAAACACGGCUGUGGUGAGCUCGGUGGCCAGUGCCGUGGUGCCGACGACAACGACAACGGCAGUGAUGGCGUCGUCGCCAACGAUGGUGGGUAGGACAGCGGUGCCAACAUCCAUGCCGCACACAGUGGUGACUGUGGCUGCGUGCCCCUCUGUGACGACUGUGACUGUGACGCCCACGGUGGUCGUGACGUCGAACAGUGGUGCAACGGCACACACAAGUGGAAAGUGUACAGCGCCCAUGAACUCUCAAAACCAACAGCUCUAUGAGCAGCUGCAGUCGCAGAUAACCUACCUGAACUCUCUGAAGAAGCCUACGAUGCAGCAGAAGCUCCUGCUGCAGCAAAUGCUCUCCAUCGAAGAGAAGCUGCGUGAUUCCAACAAGCCGCAAGUGAGCUCCUCGUCCAAUGACACCACCACAGCAGCCGCGGUGCCCACAUCACACGCACACUGCAUGCAGCGGCAUGAAGUCAAGCCAACCGUCGUUUCGCACCCGAUUCCUGCUGCGGCCACCAUAAUAACAGCGAAGCCAUCUGCGGUGACGACGGUUCAAGUGCCCACAAUCACUGUUGCCACGACAACGAGGACUAACAGCCGUACCGCACACCACAAGGUCAACCAUGCCGAUGUCAAGCCUAAGGCUUCCAUUCUGCAUGCUGGGAACACAGCAUCUAUAAUCGCCACGCAAAAGGCCAUCACCUCCCACUCCGGACCGGUGCGAAUAAUAGCCACUGCACCGACCACCACAAGCGCUGCUUGUGCCUCUUCUACCUGUUCCUCCGCUCCUUGCUCUUCUGCGUCGGUGCUGAGUGUGCCGCUGGCAUCGGCUUCCCCACUGCUGUCUUCAGCAAGUGUGGCACCCGUGUCGUCUGCGUCACUGGUGUCAAGUGUACCACUGGUCUCUGCUGCGCCAUUGGCAUCUAGUGGGCCCAUGUUAUCAACUGCAUCAUUGGCAUCGUCGAGCAUAACACCCGUCUCGAGCGCCCCUUUGGUGCCCAGCUUGCCUGUGGCAUCAAAUGCACCACUGGUGUCAAGCAUACCACCUGUCUCAACUGCCCCAGCGCUGGUGCCAAACAUACCAGUGGUGUCUUGUGCGCCAUCAGCACCUGCUGCACCUCUGGUGUCGAACAUGCCAGUAGUAUCAUGCAAUCUGCCAGCACCUACUGCACCUCUGGCAAGCAUGCCGGUGGUGUCAUGCGUUUCAUCAGCACCUUCUCCGUCGUCGAACACCUUAGUGGUGUCGUGCGCUCCAUCAUCGCAUACUGCACCUCUGGUGCCGAACAUGCCGGUGGUGUCAUCAUGCAUUCCAUUGGCACACACUGCACCUAUGGUGUCUAAAAUGCCAGUGGUGUCAUGCGCUCCAUCAGUACCUACCGCACCUCUGGUGUCAAGCAAGCCGUUGGUAUCAUGCUUACCUCCAGUAUCCACAUCAGCAUUGGUUUCAAGCAUACCACAGGUGUCAGCGGCAAUAUCAGUGUCUAGUGCAUCGCAUAUUUCUGGUACGCUGUUGGUGUCGACGGCAGCACUAAUGUCAAGUCCAUCGCUGUUGGCAUCAAGUACACCGUUGAUGUCAUCUGCACCACUAGUAUCAACAGCACACCUGGUGUCUUCUGCACCACUGAUGUCCACAACACCUAUGGCAUCAACUGCACCUAUGGUGUCUUAUGCAUCCCUAGUGUCCAGUGCACCAGUGGUGUCAACAGCUCCAAUUAUGGCGCCAAGCACGACUGACAUGCCGUCAAUGGCCUCUCACCCUGUGGUCACAGUGGCCUCACAUCUACGUGUUCCUAACCAGGCCUCGGCCAAGUUUGUGCCGCAGCUUCACCAUGCUGUGCACCACCAUCAUCACCACCACCAUCACCUCCAGCCGUCACCGGUGGCAAGCAGUGUGUCGCCAGUCAACCAGCGAUCGCCGCCCCAGCCCCGGCCUCAACCUGUGGUGGUGCGGCUGCAGCACCCAACCAACCACAUCAUCGCGCCGCCCAGCACGACCAAGCAGAUUCUGGUGCAGGUGCCUUCCGUUGUGAACAAGCUGCCUUCAAGCAAAAGCUCUGGCAGCAGUAAUAGCAGUUCCACAAAGUCUACUGUUCCUGUGUUACCGAGCAAAGUGGAACCCAUUGUUCCCAAGCCCUCCCUGCCGCCACCCGAACAACCCCCAGCUCCCCCUCCUCCCCCAUCGAAGCCAGUAGUUGUCAAGCCUAAAGUUCCUGACCGUGUCCAGAAGAUGCACAUGUUUCAUCAACGACUACUGGAAGACCAGAACGGUGCUAUGGCUGCGGAUACCAAGAACCCUUUCACUUCGCGGCGCGAUGCUUGCCAACGGUUGUUGCGGUACCACGUCUACAACUCGGGGCUACCUAGGGAAGAGGAUCUGCACAAAACGGAUGAACUGUUUGCCGAGGUCUCCGAACGCCUGCUGGGGGAGAGUCGAGAGCUGUAUCAAAAGUUCCACUACCUCAUGCUGAAGGAAGGGAUGAGAGAAUGCUCAAGUGCCGAAAAGAUCAUGAUCGAAAAGCUCUUCCUUGAGCACGAAACCGAUGCCUUGAUUGCUGAAAAGCGUGCAGCAGAGGAGGGGCAAUACACAACACCAGUUGAGCCGCCUUCACUUCCGCCUAUGCCAGGGAGUGCAUGGACAUUCGAGUCAGGCCCCUCGUUACCUUUACCUCGACCAGUAAAGAAGGAACCACCCGAUUCUUGGCUUGACGACGAUGACCGGUCCGACCUGGAGCCGGCGCCAAAGCGGCGCUCGAUCAAGGAAGAAGAGCAUGAGACCGUGAUGGCCCCCAUGGAAGAGGAAACCCCAUCACUUCCACCAGUGUCAGUGACACCGGAGCAUGUCGACCUUGUGUUGAGCAUCCGCAAGGAGCUCAACAUGUCUCCCUCAGAAACCGGUGAAGACGAUGAGUUUGCCCACGAGCUGGCCGACUUUGAGCCGCCCGUGGCUCGCUUCCCGUCGUCGGCCGAACUCAAGCAGUCACAGCAGCCGCAGUUUAGCAGCGGUGGCAAUGUCGUGCCUCCAGUGGUAGUGCCCGACUGGAGUUGUGGUGGUAAGAGUGCGGACUCCGAGACUCGUGCGCCCGAACUGGACCUGUCGGGCAUCGAGGGCUUGGACGAUGACAGCAGUGGAGUGGACCCAUUGGGUCGGACUCACUACUUUGGCGAGGAUGAGGAGGAGGACAAGGACUCUGUAGAGCUCCACGACCAGGUUCAGAGUGCCAUCAACAGCAUCCUGGACUUCCGACGAGGUGGUGGGGACGACAUGCUCUGUAUGGACUCUAAAGGAGUAGUGGUACGGAGUGGCAGUGCUCCCGAGCCCAUGGACUACGACGACGCGACGGGAGGCACGCAGCCUGCGGACUCCGUUUUGGACGAAGCCGUCAGGAGCAUCUUGUUGUGACCUCAGCAGUGUUGUUGCCGCUCCUCCUCCUCCUCCCCCCUGUUUCGUGAAGCGUCGCACAACUGGCAACGGUCUCGUCUCUCGAGCCGCACGCCCGUGUGCAUGUGGAUGCGUGCACGUGGUUUGCGCAGAGGUGAAAGCACGGUGAUAUUUGUCCCCCUCCCCUCCUUCAUUCUCUCAUGCCCAUCUUAUUCCUGUGCCCUCACUCUGUCCUCAUUUACUUCAGUUUGUUGUACGUGGCUUCAUUUUGGUGACAACCUUACGGCCUUUCUUUUGUCGGGCCUGCGAGUUACAGGAAGUGGCCAGAACCCUGAGCAGGCAACUACUCCACGUUGCCUUCUGUUCUCACGGUCCUGUUCCAUGUUCUUUCAGACUCUUGCUGCUCUGUCAACAUUUGUCAAAAACAACAACAAAAAAAGUAGGACGCUCAAGGACAGGCCACGGUGCCCCGCAGACUGGGACAAUUGCUCGAACGGGCACUGUACCGACAGUCAUGCAAAACUCGUAGUGAACCAGGCCUUGUGUAUGUAGGCAGGCAUCCAGGGCCCUGAAACUUUGUUCAUUGUGCGCUCAUGGUCUUGCGCAAAGUAAUUUUAUUUUUCUCUUUGCCAGCCUCUUUUUCUUUUAACUUCUUUUUUACUUUUCGCCCUGCUCUAUUGAACUGCUUUUCAGAACUCAGGGGGCCUUGUGUAUAUGUCUUUAGUUGAUGCAUUCGUCAUUGCCCCUCUCUUUGCCAUUGUCCUUGUACUGUUGUGCAGCACUUCCUUUUUUUUUUUUCAUACUAGGCACAAAUAUGCAAACUUUGGCACAUCUAGCCAAACAUGCAACUUGGAGGCCUCCCCCUUUUACCUUUUGUUUUUGCAGCCUCCGAUCUCCUACUUAACCGAAAAGGGAGCCUCGCAUAGUGAUGAAAAAAGCAGACUCGGUGGGGAAGACGAGCGCAAGUUUUUUUCAGUGCCUCAUGGUAAGAGUGAGAGAUGUGCGUCGUCCCCGUUUUGUUUGCUGCCAGUGUUGUAAAAAAAAAAUGGUGAUGAGAGGGGAAGCAGGCCAGCGAAACAACACAUUUUUUUCUCAUGUAUAGGUGUAAAUACGACAGUCGCACAUAUUUAUACACAAGCACAUCCACGACAAAUGGAAAUGGAACCUAGAUUUCACUGCUGCUCAAACGACGUGAUGAUGAAAUACAUUUGAUGUAAAUGUCGACGAGAGUGUUCUGUGACCUGACUAUGGGUGCCUGUGGAAGACGAUGACGACACUGCUCCAGGCGACUAACAAGCCGGAUGCCAAGUGGUGGUGCAGAACUGUUAGGCCUCAGUGUCAGCGGUAGGGCUCUCGGGAGUGGGCUAGUUGACAAUCGAUUCCGCCAGACUUCGCAUCAAGAACUGGCCAACGGACGAGGAAAUGGGAUGGAGACAAGGCCAGCCAGCGCUUGACUGACAGAUUUUGUUGGGCUCUGCAGCCGGUCGGGCGUUGCAAGAACAUACAGUAAAAGCUGACGAGGACAGAGGCAAGACAUGACAUAGCGCUCUGUCCAAGUCUUUCUUGCCUCAGUUCUUGUCUGUCCGUGCUGUAUAUACCUGCAGUCUGCACUUGUCUCGGUCCUUUCCUUCUCUUUUUCCCGUCUUUCAGUGCUGUGAAUUCUGGCUCAACGUAGGGAAGUUCACCGUUUUGUAGCGCAGGUCUUGAUAUAAAUAUGUUUCCUUGAUGUUGUAAGCACUGGAAGUUUUGGCGCGUGUCUGUGUCGCACAUCCCAGCACUUUUACUCUCCUUAUGGGAGUGUUACACAGGCUGAAGCAUACAAGGUGUUUCAGAAAACACUUUCAAAAUUUUUUAAAGGUUGCCGGUGGCAGAUAGCUCAAUUCUAGUUUGUGAGCCGGUCUACUCUAAGUGGCGGACACUACUUGCACAAAAAAUUGAAAUGCAAAAUCUACUAAUCAACAAGAAUUCACUAAUUACUUUUUAGCUAAUUAUCUUAUGACCCAGAUUGCAAUUGACAAAUUCUAGCUGUGGACUUCGCAAGCCAGGUCCACUUGGAAAGAAUUCUCAGGACGACAUUAGUUUCGAGAUAUAAAUUCCCGAACUUUGCGAAGAAAUGCGUGGGCAUUCCAGUUACUUGUGUGCUUCAGUGCAUGAAAUGAAGUUUUGUUAACAAAUUAACUGGAAUGCCAAUGCAUUUCUCCCCAAAGUUUGGUAAUUUAUAUCUCGAAACUGGUGUCAUCGAAAAUUCGUUAUUUAUUAGCUAGAAGUUUAAUUAGAGAAUGUAUUAAUUCGUCGAUUUUGCAUCUCAAUUUUUUGUGCAAGUAUUGUCCGCCGCUUCGAGUAGACCAGCUCAGGAACUAGAAUUGUGCUAACUGCCACAGGCAACAUUUAAACAUUUGGAAAGUGUUCGCUGAAACACCCUGUAAAUUUCGGCUACACAAGGCAAACAUUGUCAUCCACCCAAGGGUAGCCCGAAGCUGCUCAGUGUGGCCACUCUUUGCAAGAACGAAGCCUUCAGUCUUGGCAUAUGUGAAACGCAAGAAUGGUCAAACUAAGCCAAACUAAGUGCGAGUUGUAAAUUUGAAGCUUCAAUCCUUUUUUUUUUUAAUGCUUGCAAUUUUAGUCAGUUAUAUCUUUUUUAGUUGUAUAAACAAAAGUUAUGCAAUGAUAAACCACCAGAAUUCAAUCUUAAAAUGCAACAGGUUAACUGAAACGAGAUGGUUCAUCUCGCAGCUAACGCGCUAGGAGUCCUUCUGAGGCAGGAGCUCUACUGGACCCCGUAAUCUGAGCUUUAAAAAAAAAAAAAAAACUCAGGUGAUUUCAGAAAUGGUUUGCAAUGGAAGACAGUUUUAUAUCAACAAAUGAAACAAUCCUUGAAAUUUUGCAGCUCAUUGGCAUCAUAGUUCUGCAAUUGUUGAACAUGAGCAUUCAUGUGCUUCACACAAGUAUUUGCACACGGAUAUGAGAGUUGGCAACAAGCUAGUUUUCUGUGAAGUGCAACAGCAGCAAAAUAAUAUGCAUGGAGGCAUAUUAUUUCAAGGGUGGCAGAGAACUAGGUGGCGUGAUGAAUUUGGGAAAUUUGCAGCCACCGGGUGGAGCCGGCCGGUGCAAGACGAGCGUAAUUGGAGAUCGCCGAGAGAGGCCUUUGUACUGCAAGGGAUUCAGUAGGACGAUGGCGCAUCGGAGUGGUCCAUAGAAUGUUGGUUUUUCAGAAUUUCAAGAAUAGCUAAUGCCUUUCAGCCUCUCGUAGUUUGCGGGCGGCAAACUUCACAAGCAAAGCGCCAUGUAAAAGGAACUGUGCCAGUAAUCUUAGUGCAAUGACAUUUCAUCCAUCUCCAUGUUGUGACAAGUGCGAAAACUUCACAGUAAUGUUUAUUUUUCGGCAAUGCCAGCGUGCCAUGCACUCGGAGUAGUGCCCGUAAUCAAUCAUCACGACCAUUCAGUCUAGUUGAAGUUCACUCGCCUAACCUGGGUUAGAGAAAGCCGUCAAGAUGCCUCUUCAGUUAAAGGAGUAUUGACAUGACAUUUUUGACUAGUCAUCUUUUUUUUUUACACUUUUACUGCAAAGUCCGAGCAUCUGAAUUUCGCACUUAUUCAUACAGAUAUAAAAUAUCAGCUCGUGACCAUCAACAUUGUUAACCUAAGCAACAGGAGCCACUCCUGGUUGUCAACCUUUUUACAUGUGAAUAUCUUUUUCUCUCCUCGAAACCUAGCAAAUUCUUGAUUGCAAGGUAAACCUCGCCUCUGCAUGAAAAAAAGGAUCUGCACCACUAUUAUAGAUUAAUAAAGCUUAGCACCAUCAAGUCGAAAAAUGAACCGCUGAGCCCAGAGGAGGCCAACAGUUCUGCACCAAGCACAAAUACCUCCACUGUGCAAACCGCAUGUCGCAACCGUUGGCAACAAUAUUCUUUUGUGAUAGGCAAAUCCCAAACUCCACCUCCUUGUUUGUUUGUUUUUUAGAGCCUUUCUGCCUUUUUUUUUCUUUUCCAAGCAUACGUAUGCAACUGGAAUGCAAGUUGAGAAAAAAAAAUAUACGUGCAGAACAUCAGAGAAGCUCAGGGUCCGGCAGUCACGUGCACGCGCUCGCAGGCAUACAAGCAAGGAACAGCAGACACUGUAUUGUACAGAGUUGAAAUUUUUUCUAUAAAAGAAAAAAAAAAUGCUACGGCAGAUUUCAAAAAAAAGAAGAUGAAAGUGUAAAUAUUUUAUUAAAAGAUCUUUCAAAAAUUGA